CUCAGGGAAAGAUCUAUGUGGACGGUAUCCUGACCUCAGAGAUUGGCCUCUGUGACCUUUGCCAGAGGAUGUCCAUCAUUCCUCAGGACCCAGUGCUGUUUACUGGCUCCAUGAGGAAGAACCUGGAUCCUUUCAACCAACACAUGGAUGAGGAACUGUGGAACGCUCUGCAAGAGGACAGAUGAGCUGAUCCAGAGAACCAUCCGGGACAAGUUUGGAGAAUGCACGGUGCUCACCAUCGCUCAUCGCCUCAACACCAUCAUAGACAGUGGCCGGAUACUGGUUCUAGAUGCAGGGAGGAUCCACGCCUUCGAUGAGCCUUUCACCCUCCUUCAGGAUCCAGACGGCAUCUUUUACAAGAUGGUGCAGCAGACUGGUAAACAGGAAGCAGCCGCUCUACUACAGGCAGCUAAACAGGUAUUCGAUAACAGAAGCCGCUCCAACAUGUCAAAGGGACACGCGGAGACGGCAGACGGUAACCUGGUCAUCUUUGAGACGGCUCUGUGAGCAACAGGAGGGUCUGACUCGCUGCAUUGCCAGAAGACUUGAGAAAGUGCCUCCAGUGCCCCCCCCAUCCCCUCCCCUCCCCUCCCGCCACAGAGCACCUCAUCCAUGGAGCUGGUGAGGAGACCGAGAGGCUCUGGCCUCACUGUGGCCUGGAACG